GCCACCCUCCCCGCGGCCCGCGGCGCCACAUCUGGCCGCACCGCCGCUGGGCGCCCGGCGCGGGGCCGGAGGGCGCGGAGGCGCGGCGUACGCGCUCGGGCCGGUCUAUGAGGAGCGGCGGGGGCUGCCAUGGGCCGGGGGCUGCUCGGGGGCCUGUGGCCGCUGCACGUCGUCCUGUGGACGCGCAUCGCCAGCACGAUCCCGCCGCACGUUCCCAAGUCGGUUAACAGUGACAUGAUGGUCACUGACGGCAACGGCGCCGUCAAGCUGGCGCAGCUGUGUAAGUUCUGCGACGUGAGGUCGUCCACCUGUGACAACCAGAAGUCCUGCUGGAGCAACUGCAGCAUCACGGCCAUCUGCGAGAAGCCGGAGGAGGUCUGCGUGGCCGUCUGGAGGAAGAAUGAUGAGAACAUCACGCUGGAGACGGUCUGUCACGACCCCAAGAUUGCCUACCAUGGAUUUGUCCUGGAUGAUGCUGCUUCUUCAAAGUGUAUUAUGAAGGAAAGAAAGGGGUCUGGAGAGACUUUCUUCAUGUGCUCCUGCAGCUCCGAAGAGUGCAACGACCACAUCAUCUUCUCCGAAGAGUACACCAGCAGUAACCCCGACUUGCUGUUGGUCAUUUUCCAAGUGACAGGCAUCAGCCUCCUGCCACCGCUGGGCAUCGCCAUCGCAGUCAUCGUCACUUUCUACUGCUACCGCGUCCACCGGCAGCAGAAGCUGAGCCCGGCCUGGGACUCGGGCAAGCCGCGCAAGCUGAUGGAGUUCAGCGAGCACCUGGCCAUCAUCCUGGAGGACGACCGCUCCGACAUCAGCUCCACCUGCGCCAACAACAUCAACCACAACACGGAGCUGCUGCCCAUCGAGCUGGACACCCUGGUGGGCAAGGGGCGCUUCGCCGAGGUCUACAAGGCCAAACUGAGGCAGAACACGUCUGAGCAGUUCGAGACGGUGGCCGUCAAGAUCUUCCCCUAUGAGGAGUAUGCCUCCUGGAAGACGGAGAAGGACAUCUUCUCGGACAUCAACCUCAAGCACGAGAACAUCCUGCAGUUCCUGACGGCCGAGGAGCGCAAGACGGAGCUGGGCAAGCAGUACUGGCUCAUCACGGCCUUCCACGCCAAGGGCAACCUGCAGGAGUACCUGACGCGCCACGUCAUCAGCUGGGAGGACCUGCGCCGGCUGGGCGGCUCGCUGGCCCGCGGCAUCGCGCACCUGCACAGCGACCACACGCUGUGCGGCCGGCCCAAGAUGCCCAUCGUGCACCGGGACCUCAAGAGCUCCAACAUCCUGGUCAAGGGCGACCUCACCUGCUGCCUCUGCGACUUCGGGCUCUCCCUGCGGCUGGACCCCACGCUGUCUGUGGACGACCUGGCCAACAGCGGGCAGGUGGGAACCGCGAGGUACAUGGCUCCAGAGGUCCUCGAGUCCAGGAUGAAUCUGGAGAAUGUCGAGUCCUUCAAGCAGACGGAUGUCUACUCCAUGGCCCUGGUGCUCUGGGAGAUGACGUCUCGCUGCAACGCAGUGGGAGAAGUGAAGGACUAUGAGCCUCCAUUCGGGUCUAAGGUGCGGGAACAUCCCUGUGUGGAAAGCAUGAAGGACAACGUGCUGCGAGACCGAGGCCGACCAGAGAUCCCCAGCUCCUGGCUCAACCACCAGGGCAUCCAGACGGUGUGCGAGACGCUGGCCGAGUGCUGGGACCACGACCCCGAGGCCCGGCUCACGGCGCAGUGCGUGGCGGAGCGCUUCAGCGAGCUGGAGCACCUGGACAGGCUCUCGGGGAGGAGCAGCUCAGAGGAGAAGAUCCCCGAAGACGGCUCCCUCAACACUACCAAAUAGCUCUUCCCGCGGCUGGCCCAGCGCGGCCGCCCUGUGGCCAAAGAGCAGGGGCAGCAGGAAGCUGCCCCUGACGAUGCUUCCUGGAACCCGGGGUGCUCCCUCCCCUGAGAUGGGAGGGGGUGGCAGGAAGCAGCCUCUGCCUUUGACGUUGUCAUAGGAUAAGCUGUGUUAGCACUUCCUCAGGAAAUGAGAUUGAUCUUACAAUAGCCAAUAACAUUUGCACUUUAUUAAUGCCUGUAUAUAAAUAUGAAAUAGCUAUGUUUAUAUAUAUCUAUAUAUGUCUAUAUAUACACAGCCAUACUCGUGGAAAGAGGUGAGGAUAGAGAUCACAGCUGCCCAGACGUGGGCUGGAUGGGCGAGCUCGCCCGAGAGCAGAGGGAAGCGCCCUGGGCAGCCUCAGCGCUUGGCGGCAGGCGUGUGCUGGGCUCGGGGCACACGGGGUGGGGGGCCUCCGCCUUCAGAGAGAGGCUCGGGUCUUGGAGCCUGCUGUGCCACAUUGCACUUGCUUUCGCAACCUAGUAACUCCCGGCACUGGGUCCUGUUCUAGCUGAGGAGCCAAUCGGAGCCGCACUGUCUGGGGACCAGACUCCGAGGUCCCCACGUCCUGUCAUCUCUCCUGGACUCGGCACUGAGCUUCACACCCACAUCUGGUUUGUGACCCUCCUUCCUCAGCUAGCUCAGAAAGUCUCAUCGCGUCAACGUUUUAAGUCCCAUAUUUUACCUCUACAAGCCACAGAAAAAUCAGGACAUGUUUUCCCUACCCAUGAAAUUGCCACACCUUGUACUAAUGAGAAAUUGUUCUUUUUAAAAAAAUUCCCCCCAUACCUGUGUUACUGUUCCCAUUUCCUAAAAGGGAACAGAUCUCCCCCCCAGGUUCUUUAUGUUCAGUUUCUCAUCACGCUUGGUUUCUGUCUUCCACUUGCUCUGCAUCACUGGUAGGUCUCAUGCUCCAGGCUCCAGGGGACUUGAGCACGUCUUGGCCACGUGGACAGUACUGCCGCAGCAUGGCGCUGCCAUGGUCAGGACUGUCUCUCCAGGCACUCGGAACGUGUGUUUUGCUUGGCCAGCACAGUGUUUAACAAAAUUGAGCCACUUUUUAAAUAUCGGGAGAUUUUGCAAAAAAAUCUUGGAUCCCUGAGUGAGACUAGAUUGCAGAUGGCUUGUGGUGGUCACUGUCCCACGUCAUUCACCGAUGAAGGUGUAGACACACUUAGAAAGCUGCUCUCUUCCCCUGUGAACAUUCGUUCGUGUUUCCCCCUGUUCCCACCCUAGUUUGGGAAUUAAACCUUCUUUCCCCAGCCAAGGUCCCCUGCAAGAAAUGUGCAUUCACGCAGUCAUUCUCUGGCUAUAGGGUGUGGUUUUUAUUCCCUUCCUGGGGUUAAAAUUUGAAGUUGGCUUUUUUUUUUUUUUUUGGAGUGACAGGGACUGCCUCUGGAUGGUCUCCGUUAACCCAAAUCUCUUUUGCUUGUAUAUUAAGAGGGCUCCCCUCUGCAUUCAAGGGGGGAGACCUUUACUCCAAGAAGCUGUUGUCAUGGUUACCAGUCUCUUAGUCAUACCCACCUUUCCAGUGUUUGCAGAAUUUGAAUGUGGGACACAGGAGUCCCAUCUACAGUUAGGAAAUCUGUGUCCAUGUGGGUAAGAACAAAGAAUGAGCUUUAAUCCUCCAUAGGAAACUUGGUAAUCCACAAACAGGUGUUAAUGCUGCAAAUAACAAGCUCUUUUGUAAAAAUGAUUUGAAGCUUAUUUUCGGCCAAAUAGGUAGGAAUAUUGGAGAGGGACUGGCAAUGAUCAGAUCAGCUCUGCUUGGAUUUUGGAAGCUGCAUCUCAUUGGGGUUUUAGCAGACAUGCUGAAGUUGGGAUUACGUGGAAUUUUUAGGAGCCCUUCGUGGUUCAGGUGGACUGAGAGAAGGUAGCUUGGCCACAAUGCCAUGGGAGUGCCCAGAAGUCCCGUGCACUUUAGGGCUGGUGAUGCUGUCCCAAGAGCUGUUGCUCAUUGACCUCUAGUGGUGAAUUUCUAGAAUACUGGUCCAUUAUGGGAACUUCCAAGAUUCAAAAGAGCUUUAUCACUUCUGGGUCAUCAUCAGCAUAAACUGGAAUGUAGAUGAUACUGUGGCUUGUUUUAUGUUUGUUUUUCCUUAUUCAAGAAGAAGACCAAGGAAUAACAUUCUGUAGUUCCUAAAAAUACUGACUUUUUUCACUACGUAAAGGGAAAGUUUUAUUCUUUUAUGGAACAUUUCAGCAAUACUCAUAUAUUAAAAUAGGAAUGUGAAUGCUGUAUACUCUUUUUAUAUCAAAUGUGUCAAGCACUUAUGUUCAUUCUAUGCAUUGUCUUUUAUAUAAAUAAAAUGUUUAUUCGAUUGAAUAAAGCAAAAAUACUCAGGUCA